AAUUCAUCUGUCCUUUCACGGUGAGGGUACAGUACCGGAAGACAACCAUGGAGUGGAAAAUACUACCCAUUUGCUUGUUGCUGCUACUUUCUGUUUUUUUGAUUCAGCAAGUUUCAUCUCAAGAUGUACCAAGCUGUGCAGGGAGAUGUGGGGAAGGGUAUUCUAGAGAUGCCAUCUGCAACUGUGAUUAUAACUGUCAACACUACAUGGAGUGCUGCCCUGACUUCAAGAAAGUCUGCACUGUUGAGCUUUCCUGUAAAGGUCGCUGCUUCGAGUCCUUUUCGAGAGGGAGGGAGUGUGACUGUGACUCCCAAUGUAAGAAGUUUGGCAAGUGCUGUUCCGACUAUGAGACUUUCUGUGAAGAAGUGCACAAUCCCACAACACCACCACCUUCAAAGACUGCACCUCCGCCUCCAGGAGCAUCUCAAACCAUCAAAUCAACCUCCAAACGUUCACCCAAAUCACCAAAAAAGAAGACUAAGAAAGUUAUAGAAUCAGAGGAAAUAACAGAAGAACAUUCUGUUUCUGAAAACCAAGAGUCCUCCUCCUCCUCUUCCUCUUCCUCUUCAACUAUUCGGAAAAUCAAGUCUUCCAAAAAUUCAGCUGCUAAUAAAGAAUUACAGAAGAAACCCAAAGUAAAAGAUGACAAGAAAAAACCACCUAAAAAGGAACCUAAAAAGGAACCACCAGUUGUGGAUGAAGCUGGAAGUGGCCUGGACAGUGGCGAUCCCAAGCUCACCCCAACUCCUGACACUCCUACCACUCAAAGCAAUAAAGUUACCACAUCUCCCAAGACUACAACAAUAAAGCCAGAAAGUCCUAAACCCAGUCCUCCGCCUAACUCUGAUACAUCCAAAAAGACAUCUUCCACAGCCAAUAAAGAGACAACAGUUGAAACUAAAGAGACUACUGUAACAAACCAACAGACUUCCACCAGUGAGAAACAGAAGACUACUUCAGCUAAGGAGAUUCGAAGUGCAGAGAAAACAUCUGCUAAAGAUUUGGCACCCACACCCGAAGUUCCUGCUGAAACUACAACCAAAGAUCCUUCUCUGACCACCCCUAAGGAACCUGCACCCACCACCACUAAGGAGCCUGCACCCACCACCACUAAGGAGCCUGCAUCCACCACCACUAAGGAGCCUGUACCCACCACCCCCAAGGAGCCUGCACCCACCACCCCCAAGGAGCCUGNACCCACCACCCCUAAGGAGCCUGCACCUACCACCCCCAAGGAGCCUGCACCCACCACCCCUAAGGAGCCUGCAUCCACCUCGCCCAAGGAGCCUGCACCCACCACCCCCAAAGAGCCUGUACCCACCACCACUAAGAAGCCUGCACCCACAACCCCCAAGGAGCCUGCACCUACCACCCCUAAGGAGCCUGCACCCACCACCACUAAGAAUCCUGCACCCACCACUCCCAAGGAGUCUACCACCACCAAGGAACCUGCACCCACCCCUCCGGAGGAGCCAGUACUUACCACACCCAAGGAGCCUGCACCUACUACCCCCAAGAAGCCUGCACCCACUACCCCCAAGAAGCCUGCACCCAUCCCUCCAGAGGAGCCUGCACCCACCACCCCCAAGGAAUCUGCUCCCACCACCCCCAAAGAGCCUGCACCCACCCCCCCUGAGGAGCCUGCACCCACCAACCCCAAGGAACCUGCACCCACCACCCCCAAGAAGCCUGCUCCUACUACUCCUAAGACACCAGCUCCAGCUACCACCAUGGAGCUUCCCACUACCCCCAAGACUCCUGCUGAAGCAACUCCUGAGUUUUCUGCAGGACCCACACCAAAAGCUCCUGACAACAGUGCCAAGGAGCCCACUGUACCAACAACCAAGACUCCUGAAGUGACAACCGCUGCUGUACCUAAGAUUACAACGAAAGAGACAGCAACCACAGCAGAAGAAAAAACAACUGAAUCCGAAAUAGCAAGGACCACCAUGCAAGUAACACCCACCACUCAGGAUUCAUCAUUCAAAACUACUACUCUUAAAACACCACCAACCGAAGAGAGUAGGAACGAACCCGAAGAAUCCCCUGGACCAGAAGACACAGCUAUUGAUUCUAAAGCAACAACUCCUAAACCCCAGAAGCCAACCAAAGCACCCAAGAAGCCCACCUCUACAAAAAAGCCACCCAAAGCACCCAAAAAACCCACUUCUACCAAAAAGCCAAGCUCACCGAAAGGGAAAACACCAAAAACUACACCAACUCCCCCCAAGACAACAAUACCACCUACCUCUCCAAAAUCCGUGCUCCAAACCACCAGCAGCCCUAAGCAAACUCCAGACUCAGAAACAGUUGAAGUUAAUCCAAAUAAUGAAGAUGCAGAAGGUGACGGAGGAGAAAAACCACACAUGAUUCCCAGGCCUCCUGUGCUAACUCCUAUAGUUAUCCCAGGCACUGAUCACAUAGUGAGAGGACCCAGUCAAGGCAUCAGCUCCCACUCACUGCUUUUAGAUGAUACCAAUUUAUGCAAUGGCAGACCAGUAGAUGGACUGACUGCUUUGCGCAAUGGGACAUUAGUUGCAUUUCGAGGUCAUUAUUUCUGGAUGCUAAAUCCAUUCACUCCACCACCUCCACCUCGCAGAAUUACUGAAGUUUGGGGUAUUCCUUCACCCAUUGAUACUGUUUUUACUAGAUGCAACUGUGAAGGAAAAACGUUCUUCUUUAAGGAUUCUCAGUACUGGCGUUUCACCAAUGAUGUGCAAGAUGCAGGAUAUCCUAAACAAAUUGUAAAAGGAUUUGGAGGACUAACUGGAAAAAUUGUGGCAGCUCUUUCAGUAGCUAAAUAUAAGGACAGGCCCGAAUCUGUGUAUUUUUUCAAGAGAGGUGGCAAUGUUCAGCAGUAUGUUUAUAAACAAGAACCUGUUAGAAAGUGCACUGGAAGAAGGCCUGUUAUAAAUUAUUCAGUGUAUGGAGAUGCAGCACAGGUCAGGAGACGUCGCUUUGAACGGGCUAUAGGACCUCAAACUCACACCAUCAGAAUUCACUAUACACCUGUUAGAGUUUCUUAUCAAGACAAAGGUACCCUCCAUAAUGAAGUUAAAAUGAGUACGAUGUGGAGAGGACUUCCAAAUGUGGUUACCUCAGCUAUAACACUGCCCAACAUUAGACGACCUGAUGGAUAUGACUACUAUGCCUUUUCCAAGGGUAAGUCCUUAAGGAAAAUUUUAGCUGCUCAAGUUGAUCUCACUUGUGAAAAUAUAAUUAAAACACCUAGUGCACUGGUGACUGAAGAUGAUAUAAUUCUUAUUCUAACUGCUAUUAAGGGGAGAUUUUUGCUUUAAUUUCAGUUAAACUGUGAUAGGACUGAAAUCCAGUUCUACUCUACCCUUUGUGAUGUUAUAACAUAUCCAAUUACUUGGGUAAAACUGAUGCCUAAAACAGUAUUCUACUUCUAUCAUCUGGAACAUUUAACAGAUGCCAUGAAAUAAGAAGGACAUUC